AUGAACAAGACUAGUGAGGUUUGUGUUACACUAGUGAGCACACUGAGCAAGGAACACCCCCCAGAUGGGUCGCCCACUGGAGAGCAGAGGCACCUAAGGUUUGUUCCACUUUUUACUUUCACAGGAGUUGGGUUCGCAUGCGCCACCAACCGCGAGGAGGUGGCAGACGUACGGGAGGGUAAGGAUGUCACGCUCAAGUGCCGCUUCAACAACCCGGCGCUCCUCUCCACGGGCGGCGAGUUCUACUGGAUGAGGCAGCGCAACGGAGAGAAGGACAACGUAGCCAUCGGCAACACUCCCUUCGACAUUAGCUACAAAGUGGACCUGGAGGCUAGUGAAGGACGCUACGACCUGACCAUCAGCCAUGCCAAGUACGAACGAGACAAUGGGAUGUUUGAGUGCCGGUUCAAGGAGGCAGGGACGGGGUCUGACCUGCACACCACCACCGUCAACCUUACCGUCCUCAUUCCUCCAGGCAGCCCCAGGAUAAACCCUGAGGCUCCCACCGCCACCGAGGGACAGUCCAUAGAUCUUGUCUGCUCCUCCCAGGGUGGAUCACCCGACCCGCAAAUCAUUUGGUACCGAUAUGGGUCUGACCAGAAGCUGUACAGUGUGCUGAAACCAGGUGGUGGACGAGACUUUCCCACAACUUCUGUGUUGACGAUUAAUCCUGGAAAGGACGACGAUGAUGCUCAGUACCGCUGUGUUGUCUGGAACAGAGCUCUUUCAGAUUCUGAGAAGAUGGAGGCCACUGUCACACUCAGUGUUAACUAUUAUCCACGCAUCACAAUCGGCCCUGAAAACCCCCUACGUGUUGAGUUAGACAGGUCUGCUACACUGACUUGUUCAGCAGAUGCCAAACCCCCUGUGAGUAAUGUGCGAUGGACACGUGGUGGACGUUUCAUUGGUACUCAAAACACCCUUAUCAAAGAUCAUGUAUCUCUAGAUGAUGCUGGUCAAUAUGUCUGUCAAGCUGACAAUGGAUUAGGCCGCCUGCGUGAGGCAGAAGUAACAUUGGAUGUUCUGUAUGGACCACGUGUUUCAGUAAUCUCCAGUAAAGAUGUAGAUGAAGGGGAAGACAUUGUAAUCACUUGCAAUGUAACAGCCAACCCAGCCCCAGUUACCAUUGAGUGGCUCAAAGAAGGAGAUGACUCAUUCCGCCAGAGUGGUGUAGAUAUUUUGAGAUUGAGUCGUGUGUCUGCUGUUAAUCAGGGCAACUAUAUUUGUCGGGCUGUGAACAUUCUCACUCCAACUGGUGGGGAACCUAGUGAUCGUAUCGGUAAUGCUACUGUUGCUGUAAGGGUGCGACAUGCUCCAGGAAAGACUUACAUUACCCCAGCUGAACCUAUUGCAGUGCAGGGUGAACAGUCGACUCUUACUUGUGGUGCUGAUCCUCCAGGUUGGCCCAUGCCUACAUACCGCUGGUGGCGACAUGACUCGGAUGCCACCCUCACACUAGGAGCCAAUUACACCAUUCCUCGAGCCUCUCUUACUGAUGAAGGUACAUAUUACUGCCAGCCUUCAAACCGCUUGGGUAAAGGUACUCCAGCUUCAGUACGUGUUCGAGUACAUCAGCCUCCACGUAUCUUGGAGAACCUUCCUGAAACAGCCAUCUACCGCAUUAGCAAAACAGAUCUUAGUCUUGCUUGUCGUGCUCAGGGCAAGCCCCAGCCUUCUAUCCGCUGGUUAAAAGAUGGAGAAGAAAUAAGCCCUGCUGAUGGAUUUUAUAAUAUCUUGGUAGAACAAUCAUCCAUUGGCCAAAAUGCAGCACACACAGUCCAGUCAACACUGCAGUUCAGAGGUUCUAGAAGAAUCAACGACAAUCAGCUGUUGCCCACUGACCGUGGCACAUACCAGUGUGUUUUCAAGAAUGACGUACGAGAAGUAUCUAGCUCUCAGCUUCUAAGAGUAGAACAUUCUCCAAUUACAGUUCAUAAACCCAACAAAGUAGCAUUUGAUCUUCUAGAAGAUGCACAACUUGAGUGCCGCAUGCAAGCUUACCCUGAACCCAAGUUCCAGUGGUCACUUGGUCCCAACUUCAUUGAACCUGAUGGUACCCACUAUGCCACAAAUGACACUGCUUUACCUGAUGAUGUUUAUGCAUCAGUACUUACUGUGAGAGGAUUAACGGAAGCUGACUAUGGUAGUUACACUUGUAAGGGUACAAACAGCAGAGGUGAUCACAAGACACUUAUUACACUACAAGAGAAGGGACGUCCUGAACACCCAACAAAUCUCCGUGUUAUAGAUCAGAACAUAGAUGCCAUUAUGUUGGCAUGGGAUGAGAGUUUUAAUGGAGGGUUUGCAGACACAAUCUUUUACGUAAGAGCAGAGACUAUGUCUGGGGAGAGUAUGAGCCAUGAUUGCCAAACCCAAAACCCCUGUAACAUCAAGCCUCUCCCUCAGCAGACUGCUUUUAAAUUACAAGUCAAAGCCAGUAAUAUCAUGGGAGACAGCGACUUUUCUGAUCCACUUGAAGCUAUGACUCUUGUUGAUGUGGAUACAAUACCUGCGCCUGAGGAAGUAUUUUUUCAAACAACUGGAAAUAUGCUGAGCUUUAAAGUUCUACCAACAGAUUUGAUGCUACAAGGUCAGGUUGAAAUUCGAAGUGUUGAUAAUGAUGAAUGGUCUCCACUGGAGACAAGAGUUCCCAUCAGCAGUGAUAGUAAUGACCAUGGUGAAGUGUACUUGGGCAAGAAAGUGCCAGAAGAAGUUAGAAUCAGGUUUUGUUCUCUAUUUGUUGCAAGCAGCUGUGGAAAAUAUCGUGCUGCUAUACAAGUUGACUCUUUGCCAUCAUUUCCAACCAAGUCUAUGUCAAUGCCGUACAUGGUAGCAAUCAUCGUUGGUUGUGUCGUGUUUGUAGCUGUGGGUGCUCUAAUAUUUAUUUGCUGUUGCUGCCGCCAUAGAAACAACAAACUAAAAAACAAGACUGCUGACAUGGAGGUGGCUCACCGUGGUGUUGUGACCCAGCAGGCCCCACCACCACCAUACUACACAGUUGGCAUGGACAACAAAGGUCUGGAUGGGUCCAUGGACACUGGAUUAGAUGAUCCCUCCAAGACAGCCAUUUACAGCUCUCAACAAUAUCACAACUACAGUCAGAAUGGACAAGUUAAUACCCCAAAUAAUAAUGAUUCCAAACUUGGAAUGAAAAGAGGCAUGGGAUACAUGGACAACAGCUACUCCAAUUCCAAUAAUGGUGGUUCAGUAAACUCUCAAGAUUCCUUGUGGCAAGUGAAAGGCCAUGGUGACCCACAGAUGACAACCCACAUGGCACCACAUAUGUCUCAGGACUCUAGGGGUUACCAGUAUGACCCUAUGGUUCAUGGUGGUUAUGGCAUCUCAGGAUAUGAUGACUACUCUCAUUAUCCACCAGCAGGAUACCAGGGGCAGGGAAUGGUUGAAGAUUAUCCAGGCUCACGAGGCAACUAUAUUUCAAAUGGAGACCCUUAUGCUGCUGUACACAAGCCCAGGAAACGCGUUGAUCACAUUGAUGGAGGCUGUGAUGUGAGUGGCAUGCCGGACCCAUACAUGGAGCACUAUGAACAAGGUGGUGCAGAGAUGAACUCUGAUAACAAACCCCAGAUCAGCUUUGAUGAAUCCCUGGAAUCAGGAUACUCGACGCCAAACUCGCGUAACAGGCGUAUUAUCAGGGAAAUUAUUGUGUGAAGAGAAAGGAAGAAUACUUUGGUGAUUUAAGUUUAAGGUCAUUUUUGAGGCUCAUUAGGGUCAUUGGAUUUGUGAAUUGUAGGUGGAGUUGAUUAGGUGAUUUAAAGUCUUGCUGGCUGAUGAUCACCAGAUCUGCUCCUCUAAUUUUUCUGAGGAAGGUUCAUUUAGAUGGUAAUGAAAAUGCCACUAAUGAACAAAGAAUAUUCAGUACUCGUCCCCUUCAGCAUGACCCCCUGUUGUUGGACCAAUUUUACCAAGACCCAAAUAAUGUUAGACUUCAAUCUAUUAAAGAUUGAUGCACUGCCUCAUGAACAGACCUAUUUUCUGUACAGUGACCACAUUUACAUAUUACUGCCUGCUUGCCUGCUUGCAUGAAGACUACCCAAGACUUGAUUUGUGGAGAUGGCUGGCACUGGGAGGAACUGAGAAGUUUUGCCGUCACUUACCAGGCCGGGGCGGUUUGUAUCCUUCCCCUUCUUACUCCUCCCACACCCAAAGUCAGUGAUGAAGAUUGGCUAUGAAAAGACAAGAAGCUUACGCCGCCCCUUGCUCAUGUCUAGUCUGAAUCGCUGAGGAUGUCAAGGUUGAAAAUGAUGUAUAAAUGCUGUGUGGAUGAGGUUCCAAGUAUAGUAUAUUUUGGUUAGCUUUGUGCUGUGACUGAGUAAUAUUAAGAGCCAAUCCUGUGCUAGCUCCUACAGACAAAGAUGUGCAAAGUGGAAAGUUUCUGUGAUGGAAGCAGAGCUUUCAUUAGUACAGGUACAAAGCACAAAAGUGAGCACAGAAUGUGAAGCUCAAGCCUGGUCACAAAGUGGUGCCUAUCAGUUUAAUAAUCACUACACAAACAUUUAAAUGGAAGAGUUGAAAACUUCUCUGUCUGUGUGGUUACUGUGAUACUGACUACCCAAAUGCAAGAACCUCGGUCACAUUCAUAAAAAAGAGUAAUGUACACAUAACUUUGAGAGAAACUGCCGUACAUCAAAGACCUUUCCUGCAUACAUUGUAUUGUGUCUUAUCUCUAUUUUUCAAGAACAUUUAAAAAGAAAGAUUUCUUUAUGACGUGACCCCUAGUGUAAAGUGAAGCAGCUCGCUGUCGUAACAGGCUUUGUGAUCUCAAGUGCAAAUGAGGUAACUGCCUCAUUAUUUUUUACAUUAUAUAUAUUUAUGUUCUGUAACACAUUUGUAAUUUACAUGUAUGUAAAAAGUCUUAUAUUUGGACAGCAGAGGUAGUGCAAUAAUUAUUUUAAUGAGCUAUUACCUCUCACAUUUUGUUAAGUUUUCAUAUGAUUUACUUUUUCAUGUGUUCCCUUAUUCAGAAGAAACAUUUGGAAUGAAUCGUGUCUUCCUUUAAAUUAAAUUUACUGGCAUUUUUAAUGGUUAAAUUAUAUUUAAAAUCAUAGUUUCUUUGGUUAAACACAACAUUAGAUUGUCUAGAGAGUAUUGGGCAUUUUCCCGCUGUUUCAAGUGCUGGUCAUUGAGACUUAAAAUGGAAGACUGUGCCAUGUGGUCCUAAGAAGGAACUUCCUUUUCCAGUGUAUUUUCAUCAUUCAUCAAUAUAAAAUUUGUUGAGGUACAUAAUGUUAGUUUCUGAAGAGUCCAAGUCUCAAUGUUUUGGCAAUUUGCCUCUGCCAACAAUCUUUUUACUUUUGGUGCAUGGCUCAUUAAGUGUGGGACAACAGAGAAUACAAUGUAGUUUUCUUUGAUAAAUGGUAAAUAAUAUUGUGGUACAUCAGGAGCAGUGUUGAAUCUUUGUUCCUUUAUACUUUGUAAGCUUUUUUGUUUUUUCUGUAAAUAGUUAAUUUUUUAGAAGAAAUGUCUUUGGGAAUUCAUUGGUACUAUAAGUACCUACCACCCACACUCUCCGAGCUGCCAAUACUAACUUCUCACCCUGUCGCUCAUAUGUGAAUACUUUAACAAAGCAGAAACUUAUGGGCAAAGCUUGCAUUGUGAAAAAUACGGAUUCUUUUUCGAAUAGUAAAUCGAGUUUUGCUGAUAAAUCUGCUAACUUCUUGCUUUGAUAAUAUAUUUUUUUAGUACUGAAUGAUUUUUAGAUCUGAGUUUUAUUAUUAAUGAUAUGGUGUUGCAAUCUGUAAGGAAGUCCAUCAUUUGAUUUUAAUAUUCAUACAUUCCAAAAAUUCCCUGUGCAAUAACCUUUAAAUAGGAAAGUUAAAGCUUGCUUGUGAGGUGUUUCCAUAAACUAAGUACAUGCACUUUGAAGAUAGAUACAGUGUAUUGUUUCAAAAAAAGAAACUAUAUGUAAGCUUAAGUUUUCCUUAACUGAACUUUUCAUUAAAAAAAAAUUCUACAUAACUUUAAUGAUAAGCAAAAGUUAUUUUAUAAUAGAAUUUUUUUAUCUGAUGCUCAUUGAUGUUUAAUAUAUAUUUUUUGUAAAUAAUGUAUAUGUACCUGUACAUCAUAGAUCUGUAAAUGGUCUAACGACAAAGUUUUGUGUUAGGUUAUGAUGUGGUUAAAUGAUUUUGUAUUCUGAAUUCAAAGCCAAUAAAACAUAGUAAUUUCCA